UUAUUUAUUCAAUGGAAAAGUAUUCAUUUAAAUAAUAAUUAAUAGGCAUGUAAGCACAAUCACAAUAUAAAAUGUUAUUGUUACAAAUGUUUUUAUCAUGCUUUGAUCAUAUUAUAGUGUAUUAUGUAUUACUGUUGCAAUGAAUAAAAUGUUUCUUUUAUUUACGAUUUUUUUUCUUCAAUUUGUGUCGUCCUCAUUGUAAAAAAGUUGGUUACCUUAUAUGCACCAAGACAAAUUCCUUGUGUGUCCGUCCAAUCACACUUGGCCAAUAAAAAAUUCUAUUCUAUUCUAUUCUAUUUUGCACAUAUGUUGUGCACUGACAACAAAGAUUUGAUUUGAUUUGAACCUAGUCUAGGAUUUGGAAGUUUUCACUCUGGUCGGGCUCGCGGUUGAAAGCUGCUAUCACAGAUCCGUGGAAAAGCACUUCGGCGACGGGACUUCUCCAAGGGGAAUAACUUAUACGUAUAACUAAACGCACCCGCAGCUCAAUUUUCAGCGGGCCGCCUUUUUCCUUUUGCCGCUUCUUCCGAUUCGCCCGCCGUUGCAGGCCACGCACAGCUGUGACCGAGAGCUGAUCCAACCCCUUCCUGUGCCGUUGCUGCUUCCAAGCCGGGCGGCAACUGUCUCCGCUUCAGCGGUGUAGCGGCUUUUCCAGUCUAUCCGGGAUUUGCAACCUGACCCUUAAAGGAACUGGACGGUUGGACGGACAUCCUCGAGGUUGCCGUCUGAGCGAAAUCUCGGGUCGCUCCUGGGACGCUCGUCUUCGCUCAGCCUGGCAAACGAGCCACGCGCCCAGCCAGGCAUUUUGAAACUAUCCCGAAGAGAGGAAAGCUCGCCUGGCAACUUGGGACAACAACCUAGGAUUUCCGCCUGUAAAUUCAUGGGAGCGUGUGGAACGAAGCGGAAAGCCAAAGCUGCUCAUGCAUCUCCAGCUUUGCCGUCGUAAGAACUGCCGCCUUUUCCCUCUCUCCUCCACCGCCCAUUCUACUUCUGCGCGCGCUUCCGGUUCCAAGCGACCAGCUUGUGCUGCAAAUUCGGCUUGGAAAGCGAGAGGAGAGGAGAGGAAUGACCGAGAUUUGAUGCGAACCAAGCGCAGAAUUGGUUGCCCAUUGAUCACCUUUUUCUAGGCAGUGGUGUCAUCUAAAGUCUUCUGAUGUUGGAGUCAAAGCUGGAAUAUCUACAACCCCUGAAACAGAAGGCAGAACUGUCCAUGCUGGCCAGAGCCAUUGGAUCCUUCAACUAUGGCUGGAGACAGAUCUCUCUUUGUGGGCAUGUAAUGUACUUAUGAUCCAGUGGCUAUUCUAUGCAGAUUCCUAAUCUGCCUGUCUGUCCAGUUCAGUGAGAUGAUGCGGCGUGGACGCAAGGGCCGCCAGCGGGCCUCCGAGAUUAUUCGCAAGCAGAAACGUAAAGACCUGGAUGCCCGACGCAGCAAGUGCCGGAUCCGUAUCGGAAGCCACCUGGAGCAGUGGUGUCAGCUGAAAGAGCAGCUGGGAUUUUCUCUCCAUUCCCAGCUGGCCAAAUAUCUGCUUGACAGGUGCAGUUCACAUGCCUCAGUAUUGAAAACAGGAUCAGACAGCUCCACUGCUGAUCCCAUCCCUUUUCCUUCGGAGGCAUUGCAACGUCUGGUUAUCCUUUCUCACAAUCACAGCCAGGAAUGUGGCUUCAUCCCUAAUGUGAAGACUGCUUUGCUGGAGCAGGAGAGAGUCUGCAGCCAGCUGGAAUGGGAGUGUCUGGCUGGUCAUACCUUCGCCUGGAGUCCCCCUGCCUCAAAGAUCAGCCCGCCACCCUUUUGCCAAACAGCCUCUGGUGGCAGGCAGGAGCAAGAGGAGGAAGCAAUUACUUCCGUGCUUAGCCACCCACCCUCUCGGGUCACCAGAUGCCGGCGCUCCCUUCGCAAAGCAGCAGCAGCCCAUGCCAUUUCGUUAGCACUUGCUUCCAACUCGCCCUGUCCUGUGGACGAGCCAGAACCAUCUUCCCAAGAGGAUGAGGAAUGUGGUACAAAUAGAGAGAGGACCACAUGUAUGUCUCCUGCCAGUGGCACAGGUCUGGACAAGGAGACAGAAUUACUGUGCAGUACAGAUUCGGAUGAAACAGAAGCUGCACCGGAUGAGAUUCCAGGUAGCACCGAAGCUCCAGGACCUGAAAGGAUUUUAACUGUACCAGGGGAGACACCAGAAUCAGUGUCUGGUCCACCAGAGGAAGAGGAAGCAGAAGAUUUCACAGAGGAAGAUAACAUGCUAUACAUGGAUGACCUGCGAGAUGAAAAUUAUCAGCCUUCCUUGGAUAGCUGCAAGAAGCAGGCACAGCCAAGAGAUGAAGACUUGUCCCAAAUUGGUCCUAAGAGAAUCAGGAAGGCAGCCAAGCGAGAAAUUCUCCUUUGUGACUAUGAUGGCUGUGGGAAAAUUUUCUCCAAUCGCCAAUACUUGAAUGUAAGUGAUGGAGGAACAGCAGUGGUCACCGGUCUCUUGGGCUGGAUACAGUACCACAAGAAAUACCAGCAUGUUCACCAAAAGACCUUUACCUGCUCUGAUCCAAGCUGUGGCAAAUCCUUCAACUUCAAGAAACAUCUCAAGGAACAUGAGAAGCUGCACAGUGAUAAAAGGGACUACAUAUGUGAGUUCUGCGCCCGCUCCUUCCGAACAAGCAGUAAUUUAAUUAUCCACAGGCGGAUCCAUACAGGAGAAAAACCCCUACAGUGCGAGAUCUGUGGUUUCACCUGCCGCCAAAAGGCAUCCUUGAACUGGCACAUGAAAAAGCAUGACGCCGACUCCUUCUACCAGUUCUCCUGCGACCUUUGUGGGAAGAAGUUUGAGAAGAAGGACAAUGUCACUGCGCACAAGAGUAAGAGCCAUCCCGAGGGCGCCACUGGGCUUCCCACACCAGCACAGGACCCGCCCCCUCCGAGUUCUCCACUUGCAGCAGAGCCAAUGGCAAACCCGGUUCAGACUCAGCCGUGUGACAUGGGGAAAAAGGUGGAGCCUCCUGCCCUUGCAAUUACCUAUAUCAGGGAUGACAAAGGACGCCAACAGAAGAUGAACACGUGCCAUAUGGCAGGAAGAAAACCAGAAUCAAUCCCUAAAAUGAAUACAGCAAGUUGUAAUGCAUUGUCAGAAGUUCGUACCAAGAAAUGGUGUACAAACCAUCCAAGUCAGACAAUACAGCGUUUGAGAGCAUGUUUGAAGGCAACCCGCCAAUCUUCACCCAAUUUACGGGAACCUGUCACUGCUGUUGAAAUGACUAUUAAAGAGCCAAUUAUACCAUCAGCUUUAACAUCUCCUCGCUUUCACGAGUUCACUGACAACUCUAUGGAUGGAGGUUACAUGCCAAGCCCCGUUCUUCAUAAAGAGAAACACGCUCUGAACUCGCCUUCAAUCCAGGCUAAUCGGGAAGCUGGUCGACAGCGAUUCCGCCUAUCCACCCUCCUACCUGGAGAAACUCUGCAAGAGAUUCUGUCCAGGCUGAGUACCACAGCACUGCAGUGGCUCUGUCCUCAGGAACACAGCAAGGACCAGAUUGUGGACAUGGUCAUCCUGGAGCAAUUUCUCAAUGUGCUUCCAGCAGACAUGCAGACAUGGCUGAAAGCCCAGGAGCCAGGCAGCAGCAAGGAGGCCGUACAUCUGGCUAUGGCCUAUCAUAAACAGGAACCUGCCAAGCCCAUUCAGGAUAUGAUAACCUUUGAAGAUGUAUCUAUUCACUUCACCGAGGAAGAAUGGAGUCUACUCUACCAUAAAGAAAAAAACCUUUACUGGAAUGUCAUGCAUCAAAAUUAUGAUAAUGUAGCCUAUCUGGCAAGUGAUCAGAUCAAAGGAAAAAGCCAAGAGGAAGAACCUUUGCAGGAAGUCUCUGAACCAGCAGUGGAAUGGUUGGAAAAAUCAAAGGAGGUCAUUUUACAACAUCCUAAACAAAAGUUGAAUAAGAACUGUCCGAAGAACCAGCAAAAGACAACCUUGCAGAAGGAAGCAAUAUUCACUGGUUCCAAAAGAAAUGUGAUGGGACCAGACAGAGACAUCAUUCUUCAAGAAGUAGGGCUGCAGAGUCAAUGCAUGCAUAUUGAUUAUGGAGAAGGUGGUGCAUCUGCAAUACCUAUCAAUGAUCAGAAACGCCUGAAGGAGGAAGAUAUCACAGAGAAAGAUAAUGUGGUACACAUUGAUGACCUGCGAGAUGAAAAUUAUCAGCCUUCCUUGGAUAGGUGCAAGAAGCAGGCACAGCCAAGAGAUGAAGACUUGUCCCAAAUUGGUCCUAAGAGAAUCAGGAAGGCAGCCAAGCGAGAAAUUCUCCUUUGUGAUUAUGAUGGUUGUGGGAAAAUUUUCUCCAAUCGCCAAUACUUGAAUUACCACAAGAAAUACCGGCAUGUUCACCAAGAGACCUUUACCUGCUCUGAUCCAAGCUGUGGCAAAUCCUUCAACUUCAAGAAACAUCUCAAGGAACACGAGAAACUGCACAGUGAUAAAAGGGACUACAUAUGUGAGUUCUGCACCCACUCCUUCCGAUCAAGUAGUAAUUUAACUGUCCAUAGGCGGAUUCAUACCGGAGAAAAACCCCUACAGUGCGAAAUCUGUGGUUUCACCUGCCGCCAAAAGGCAUCCUUGAACUGGCACAUGAAAAAGCAUGACGCCGACUCCUCCUACCAGUUCUCCUGCGACCUUUGUGGGAAGAAGUUUGAGAAGAAGGACAAUGUCACUGCGCACAAGAGUAAGAGCCAUCGGCUUCCGGUGGCACUGUUUGAGUGCUGA